AUAUGAGUGGAAACCACCAGUCAUUGACGAAUAUGGAAUACAAGGAAGAAAUGGAAGGUGGACAGGCCUUAUUGGAAUGUUGUUAGAAAAUGAAAUCGAAUUUGCGGCUAUGUCGUUUUAUCAAACACCUGAACGUCUGAGUGUUGUCAAUUUUACCUAUGCAAUUGAUGAAAAUCCUUACAUGAUGCUGGUUCGGCGACCUUCUCAAGACAACAGUAUGCUAUUUUUGGCUCCUUUCACUUGGGAUACGUGGGUGUGCAUCCUCUGCGCUGUACUUGCUAUUGGUCCAGUUUUAAAUCUCGUUCACCGCCUCAGCAAAUACUAUGAAUACCACCGGAUGAAUGAUGGCAAGGGUCUUUUCAAGCUUCCUAAUUGUUCUUGGUAUUGUUUUGGAGCUUUAGUUCAACAAGGUGGAAUUCAUCUUCCAGACGCCAUUUCCGGUAGGGUACUGGUGAGCUUCUGGUGGAUGUUUGUCAUCGUGACGUUAACUACUUACAGUGGGAACCUGGUAGCUGUUCUGACCUUUCCAAAAAUUUUCAACCCCAUCGACAACGUUCAGGAUCUUAUUAGCAGCAAGCACUACGCCACCUGGGGUGUGUUUGAGGGAGAGGCUAUCAUUGAGUAUACAAAGAAUGCUGAAGCUGGAUACCUGAAGGAACUCUACAGAGGAAUGAAUUACUUCAGUGACAUGGAAAAACCCGAAGUUUUGCAACGGGUUCGAGAAAACUACCUGGUCCUCAUCAGUGUCAAAACGAAGCUUCUAACCAUCAUCGAAGAAGAACUGAAUCGAACCAACGACUGUGAUUACUUGCUGGCCAGUGAAGAGAUCCUCAGAGAACCAGGUUCUAUGAUUGUACCCCAGAACUGGCCGUAUCUACACCGAUUUAAUCUAGAAAUCAAACGAAUGGUGGAGAGCGGCUUGCUGAUGAAGUGGCGACAAGAACAUUACCCCCAAGACAAUCAAUGUACCACGUCGUCGAAACCCCAAGCCGGAGAUACCCGAACUAUAACUAUAUCUCAUAUGCUGGGUUCUUUUUACGUCCUUGCGAUCGGUUUUGGUGCUUCUCUCGUCGCUCUGAUAAUAGAAGUCUCGUACAUCAAAUGUUAUAAAGCCAACCAAACCAAUCAGAAUGCGAUGUUCGAAAGAAGAUUGCCAAUAUCCGAUCCCACGCUCUUCAAACGCAGCAACAGUGGCUUUAAGUCGAGUAACCAGGGCGAGUGGCAAUCGAAAGUGUAUCCAUCCAACAGUCACUUGAAUCUUCUAGCCUCCAAGAACCAUGACGUACCUGAUCGAGCCAAGUACUCUCCCCCGGACCGCGCACUUCAAACACAAGCUUUCCAAUAUGGCGACCAACGGUUUCAAGCUUACAAUACAGAUUUUGGAACAAAAUAA